GCUGUCUCCUUUACUGUUUAUAAAGGAGCUUCAUUUGGGUUUAGAGGCUUUCCCGUGUGGGUGUUUGUUUUGCCUGUGCUUGUGAUGCAAGUCCCAGAUAAUUUUUGUGCAUUUGACACAGAUGCCUUUGACAACACAGUUUUUGAUCUCCUCGCUCCACUUGGCUUAACUGACAGCUCUAAUACAGAUUUCUUACACAGAUUUCACCGUUUUCUGGAUGUGAACAGUCACAAAGUAGAGAGGACCAUAGAAGGAAUACAUGAAAAAUUGAUAGUUCAUUCUGACCUUGGAAAAGCUGCAAGCUGGAAAAGACUAACAGAAAAAUUUCUGAACUCGCCACUCCCAAGUAUUGAAGAAACAAAGACAGAUACACACUAUUCCAUACUGUCUCUUCUGUUGUGUUUGUCUGAUUCUCCAUCCAACACCACCUAUGUGGAAAAACGAAGAGUCAAAGAAGUGGAAAAGGAAGAAGAAUUUGAUUGGGGAAAGUAUCUGAUGGAAGGAGAAGAAAUUUACUUUGGCCCAGGCGUAGAUACACCAGACUGGUCUGGAGAAAGUGAAGAGGAGGAAGACACUCAGCCUUUGAGCAGGGAGGACUCGGGUAUUCAAGUAGACAGGACACCUUUAGAAGACCAAGAUCCAAAUAAGAAAACAGUACCUAACGUUUCCUGGAAAGUCGGGGAACCGGAUGCCCGCAGCUGGCUGGAGCAGCAUGUAGUUCCUCAGUACUGGACAGGGAGAGCUCCUCGCUUUUCACAUAGUUUGCACUUGCAUUCCAACUUAGCUGCAGUCUGGGACCACCACUUGUACACCACUGAUCCUUUAUAUGUGCCAGAAGAGAGAACUCUAGUCACUGAGACUCAGGUUAUACGGGAAACUCUUUGGCUACUUUCAGGAGUGAAAAAGCUUUUCAUAUUUCAGCUGAAUGAUGGAAAAGUGGCUGUGCGGAAUGAUAUUAUUGUAACUCAUUUAACCCAUAAUUGCCUGAGAUCUGUAUUGGAGCAGAUAGCAGCAUAUGGUCAGGUUGUGUUUAGACUACAGAAGUUUAUUGAUGAAGUGAUGGGACACAGCCCGGAAAGCUCCACUCCAAAGAAAACUACCGAAGCCCCAUUCAGAACCUACCAAGCUUUUAUGUGGGCCUUGUAUAAAUAUUUCAUUAGCUUUAAAGAAGAACUUACUGAAAUUGAAAAAUGCAUAAUCAACAAAGAUAAAACAGUCACGCUUUCAAUAGUAAUAGAUAAGUUGUCUCCCCGACUGGCACAGCUGAAGGUACUUCACAAAGUUUUCAGCACAGGAGUAGCGGAAGUGCCACCUGACACUAGAAAUGUUGUACGAGCAUCUCAUCUGCUUAAUACUCUCUAUAAAGCUAUUCUUGAAUAUGACAGUGUUGGAGAAGCAUCUGAGCAAACGGUGUCACUUCUGUUCUCUCUCUGGGUUGAAACCGUGAGGCCAUACUUACAGACAGUGGAUGAGUGGAUAGUCCAUGGUAAUUUGUUUGAUCCUGCAAAAGAAUUUAUCAUUCAGAGAAAUAAAAAUGUUCCAGUUAAUCACAGGGAUUUUUGGUAUGCUACCUACACUUUAUAUAGUGUGUCAGAGAAGACGGAGAACGAAGAGAAGAUGAGUGAUAACGCCAGUGCCAGUUCUGGCAGUGAUCAGGCCCCUUCAAGCAGGCAACACACUAUGGUCUCUUUUCUGAAACCUGUGCUAAAGCAAAUAAUCAUGGCUGGAAAAUCCAUGCAGCUGUUGAAGAAUCUUCAAUGCAAAGAUGGCUCUCCGCAGCAGACCGCGUCAAGAGAUGCUGAACGAAAGAGUUUGUAUACACUGUUCUUGGAAUCGGUGCAGUCUCGCCUGCGGCAUGGGGAAGAGUCUGUUCCAGAUAUUAUUACAGAACAGCAGGCCACAAAGCAGAGCCUGAUAAAGAUGCAGUCUAUAGCAGAAAGACACUUGGAACUGGAUGAUGUCCAUGACCCACUGCUGGCUAUUAAUUUUGCCAGAUUAUAUUUGGAACAGAGUGACUUUCACGAGAAGUUUACUGGUGGGGAUGUUUGUGUGGAUAGAUCCUCAGAAUCUGUGACCUGCCAGACUUUUGAACUGACAUUGAGGUCUUGCCUUUAUCCACACAUAGACAAGCAAUACUUUGAAUGCUGUGGUAAUCUAAUGCAAACUUUAAAGAAGGAUUAUAGGCUUGUAGAAUAUUUGCAGGCAAUGAGAAACUUUUUCUUGCUUGAAGCUGGAGAUACCAUGUAUGACUUCUAUACAUCUAUUUUUGACAAAAUUAGAGAAAAGGAAACUUGGCAGAAUGUUGCUUUCUUAAAUGUUCAACUUCAAGAAGCAGUUGGGCAACGCUAUCCAGAGGACAGUGCAAGGUUGUCUAUAUCAUUUGAAAGUGUUGAUACAGCAAAGAAGAAACUCCCUGUCCACACCUUAGAUGGUUUGACUUUGAGUUACAAGGUUCCUUGGCCCGUGGAUAUAGUUAUAAGCUUAGAAUGCCAAAAAAUUUACAAUCAAGUUUUUCUGCUCUUACUGCAAAUAAAGUGGGCCAAGUAUAGUCUAGAUGUUCUACGAUUUGAUGAACUAGUUUGUGCUGCAGAAAACCCACAGGUUAAGGAAGGAACUUUAUUAGAACAAGGAACACUUCCUCCAUUUGGACUGCAAACAGAAAGUAUAAAACAGCAAAUACAUCGCAUGUUCCUCUUAAGAGUGAAACUUAUGCAUUUUGUUAACAGCCUGCACAACUACAUCAUGACUAGGAUUCUUCACAGUACAGGUUUGGAGUUUCAGCAUCAGGUAGAAGAAGCCAAAGAUUUAGAUCAAUUGAUAAAGAUUCAUUACAGAUAUCUAUCUACAAUCCAUGAUCGCUGCCUUCUGAGAGAAAAGGUGAGCUUUGUGAAAGAAGCUAUAAUGAAAGUGUUAAAUUUAGUACUGAUGUUUGCAGACCGUUGGCAGGCUGGUUUGGGGGCUUGGAAGAUGGAAUCCAUAGAGAAGAUGGAAUCUGAUUUUAAAAACUGUCACAUGUUUCUUGUAACUGUUCUCAACAAAGCUGUCUGUCGAGGCUCUUUUCCUCACUUGGAAUCUUUAGCUUUGUCACUGAUGGCUGGCAUGGAACAAAGUUAACACCUGAGUCCAUUGAAUGAAUAAAGAACUGAAAGCAGCAUUUAUGUUGAAAUUCCCAUGUUAAAAAAACUGUAAGCAUUUUACGCUCCAUUUGGAAAUGCGUAUAGUUAAACGAUGCUGAUGGUUUGGAGCUGUGUAAAAUAUUUUAAAAUGUGAAUAAUGUAUGUGUACUUAACUGUAUUGAUUGUGGCAGUAUUUUUCUCUGUAUGUAUACGCUGCAACAUCAAAAAACAUGUACAGUGUAAAAUUCACCCCGUGUAGACAAUCUUACUUGAAAAUACAUAAAAUGUAUUUC